CCAAUUUGAGGAGUCAGCAGUGUCUUUAUUUUUUAAAGAAAUCUUUCUAAGAUCUGGUGGUGUCGGCCCAACACAAGGAUCGGGAUAAAAAUCACUUAGAAUAGCCGAGUGCUUUUCUGGUAAAUAAUCUGGACUGACGAACCGUACUCCGUAGUAGUUACAGAUAAUGACUAACAGCUCUAAAAGAAAGGAAGAAGUUCAUCAUCUUUCCAAUGGUGGUGUGAAGCAAUCCACAUGGAGCAAAGCGUUCAAAAGUAAAUCUGUCUGGGAAGACAAGGAUGAAUUUUUAGAUGUUAUCUACUGGUUUCGACAAGUCAUUGCUGUCGUUCUUGGAGUGAUAUGGGGCAUAGCACCAUUGAAAGGAUUCCUGGGAAUAGCAAUAUUCUGCAUUAUCAAUGCAGGUGUCCUGUAUGUCUACUUCAGCAGUUUCCAACAGGUGGAUGAGGAAGAAUAUGGGGGUACAUGGGAGCUCACCAAAGAAGGCUUCAUGACUUCCUUUGCAUUAUUUUUGGUGGUAUGGAUAAUAUUUUACACAGCACUACAUUAUGACUGAUGGAAUUACCAUUUUAAGAGCAAGAGCAAGAUGAACAUACGAAUGACAUAAAAUCUAAUGGCUGGAAGGAACUUUGGACUUCAAGGCACUUGAGAUGUUACCAGCAGCACAAAGCAUCCUUGAAAGAGAGUACAUGAUACAUGUACGUGGGUACAUUUGGUUUACUGACCUGUGUAGAUCUCUGGGUCACGGGUUGUGCUCGAAACUACAUACCGCGUCCUGCCUGGUCUUGAGAUGUCAAGGAUAAGUUCCCACUUGGCAGGAUAAGAGUAUGAUGCUUCGAAUACAACCUUGUCAGUUUUAAGCUAGUUCUUUCAAUGCACUGCCAUGGUAAAUGUGUUCCUCUUUUGCUGUCUUUUUUUGUUUUCUUACAAAUAACAGUAUGUCCAUCAGGAAAAUGUAACUUAUUUUAAUUUUACCAUGUUUUUGUUUUGAGAAUUAGCUUUCAAAUCAAAUAGUCUUACUUCAUGUUAUGACUAGUUAAUUUAAAAGGACUGUAAAUUCUGUACAAUUUCCAUUUUAUCACAUCCACGUAUCAAUGAUUUAUUUGUAUUUCUCUUUUGUCUCCUAUGAUGUAACGUACGUCUCAGUAUUUUAUAAUGUAUCAAUGGAAGGCAAAUGUACUUGUGGGAGAGCUUGUUAUGAUCCUACUGUACCAAGUAUACAUAAGGCUUUUGAGAGACUGUAUUUUCGGGUCGAAGUCUUUUGGGAAUCGUAUUAAACAUGGGCUUUGUCUGCCCCAGAUUUUCCAAAACAUGUA